AGAGACAGAAUGUCCGAAGCUCAGCAACUGGUAUCUCUGUGGAGACGCUACUCACCACCAGCUACGCAGCAAACCUGAUUGCAUCAACGAGCUCAUCGUCAACCAGAUCCUGAAAGAAAAUUGCGAAUUCUCUACGGUCACCCUGAAGAAAGAAGCCAUGGAAAAGUUGGACGACCAACACUACGUCUUAUCUUUUCCACAACCCAGCAAAGUCCAACUCCUCUGCGGGAGACGAGACUACACCACACUUCAAGGAAGCUACCUCAUUACGAUUCCCGUUGGCUGUCAUCUUAAAACUACAGAGUUCACCAUCACCAAUGACAACGACGAAAUAAGAGGACAACCUCUGAAGCUGACAGAAAUCCCAUCUGACACGGAGAAGCAAAUCAGGAUAGCAUCCCACAUCAACUUGAACUCCAUUGACCUGCAAGGACUACACAGACUCCAGGACAAGAUCACUAUGGAAGCCCCUAUCAAUAUCACCGACAUCCCACUCGACGUAUAUCACACAACCAUCCCAUUUUAUGUGAUACUGCUUGCAUCGAGUAUACUUGCAAUCUUCAUCGCAUACCGGCGCUUCAACAAGAAAAGGAAAGAUAGCCAGACUAAAAAGAAGGAAGAGCAUCCAGCACCUUCCGGAGAUCAGCAACAUCAUGACGCGAUCCCGGCAACAUUUUCACUCAACGUGAUAAAAUAGUUGCCGUUCUAA